UAUAUUUCCUAUCUUACUUCAAAAGACAGAUAGCAAGAUAGGACUGGGAUUUCGUAUUUCACAUGUGACUAACUUGGCACUGCCUCCAGGCCACCUUUCACAGUGGGGUGUUAUAUACUAGCGGCACCUUGUGUCCUUAAAAGUUUAAUUAUCUUUAAUUUGCUAGCACCACGUUGAUACAUGCUUGUGAAAUGAAUUUGAGAGACAUAUCAUUAGGUUCUUCAACUUCACACCAUUUAAAUAAAUAAACAAGCAUAAAAAAUAAAGGCCCGGCUCCACAGGGCUCCCAGGAGCAGCCGGUCCAACACUACACCUGAGAAUCUUAGAAGCUAAGCCUUACCUGAUAAAAAUAACUCUUCAAAUCCUUGUAAAACUAAAGGAAAAGAAAACAAGUUUUGAUGGUCAUUUCAAUGUAUUCAAAACGUAAACAAGUUAAACUUGUUUUUCUCUAUGGAAAGCAUAUAGCAUGUUCUUCCCUGAUUCUCUGAAGACAUUCAUUACAAAAGUAUGUCUCACAUCUCUGAAAUCAGUUUCAUCAUCAGCACUCCUGCACACUGCCGCCACGUCAGCCAUCUUAAUGAGAUUCGACCGGAGGCCGACCAAGCACAAAGUACAAGCGAAUGAGAAGUUCAAUACAUCAGUGAGGAGAAACAUUACCCAGAAACCUCAGUCAGGAGACACGUGAGCCUUUGGCAGGGUUGCUGCUAAAGGCUCUGUUGUUAGGCAUCCACAAGAUUUCACAAGUCUGUGAGGAAUUGCCUGUCCUGCUCUCUAGUAAUGGUGACAGGGCACCAGCAUUGUCUUAACAUCACUUCCACAGGAAGAUCUCUAGAAGCAGCAUGCCACCCGUAGAUGCCUUUGAUAGACACGAUGGCCACCUCCCUCAUGGGAUCUGCACAUCUCGAUAUCCCAGUGGGACGGUCAGCAAGCCGCGCAAGGCACGUAAGAAGCUGCAGGUGAUUGUUUGUGUACUUUUCGUGGAGCUUUUCGAGAGGUUCACCUUCUUUGGGAUUGUUUGCAAUAUGAUCCUUUUCUGCACCAUCAAGCUGGGAUACAGCAGUUAUCAAGCAGCCAUGGUGAACACAUGCUUUGUGGGAGCCAGCAUACUUACACCUGUUCUUGUGGGAUGGUUUGCUGAGACGUGUUUGGGAAGGACAACAGUUCUCUGUUUUUGUGCACUCCUUCAUUUCCUCGGAACCGCCUUGCUUCCUGUCGUUGCAUUCCCUUUUGAGGAUUUCUAUAUAAACACACAUAAUAUUGUGCAUCAACUUGAGCCUCACGAGCAACACAUACUAUUCUACACGGGGCUUGUCGCUGUGGCCUUUGGCAUUGGUGGCAUCCGUGCCAUCCUCUGCCCAAUGGCAGCCUAUUACCUUCAAGGUUGUGAUCGACACCAGCUUUUGUCCUUCUUCAACUGGUUUUACUGGCUGGUCAACCUGAAUUCAACAGUUGUGUUUUUGGGGAUUGCCUACAUUCAGCAGUCAGUUGCCAAAAACCUGUGUUUUCUCAUCCCUUUCACCUCCGUUCUCCUCGCUCUCAUCGCUAUACACAUGGUGCGCAACAAGCUCACCUUCCGUCCAAAAAAAGGCAGUUCUUUGCUAACUACUCUCGGGGUGUUCCUGAAUUCUCUGAAAAUGUGCUGUCUCCAUUACCGCCAUUUGAGCGGAGAUGUUGCCAACUGGCUAGACCGUGCCAAGGAAAACAAUGGUGGUUGUUACAGUGAGACCAGUGUGGAAAACGUCAAGAUCCUAUUCAAACUUUUCCCUCUCUUUGGACUUCAGCUUUUGUAUAGAGCUUGCAUCACCCAGAUUCCAUCGGGCUAUUAUCUGCAGACUAUGCAUUCCAACUUAAAACUCAACGGCUUUCUCCUGCCAGUAGCAGUGAUGAAGGUCAUCAGUAUUCUGCCGGUGUUGAUCUUAGCACCACUGCUGGAGCUCGUGCACACCUGCUACCAGUCUCCAAAGAAAAUACUGCCCUCACCAGCCACAUUUAUAACUAUGGGUCAUGCUUGUGCAGCUCUCUCAGCACUACUGGCAGGGAUCUCAGAAAUCCACAGGAAGGAUUAUCCACAAGUGGAGCAGACACUAUCGGGAAAGGUCCUGCAGGUUUCCUCUAUGACCUGUUUCCAGCUUACGCCCCAGUACAUUUUACUGGGAGUGGCAGAGGCCUUCGUGACACCUGCGUGCUCUCUCAUAUCCUUCUGUCUGACUCCCAGCAACCUUAGAGGCGUCUCCUUGCAUUUCCUAACCCUCGCAUACGGAGGUGGCUGCUUUCUAGGGGCUUUCCUCAUUCACUUCCUUUAUUUUGUGUCAGGAGGAAACUUCUAUCCUAAUAACCUGGGCAGUGGCAACAUGGAGAGGUUUUUCUUUACGCUGGCCAUAUUAAUGACUAUAAACACACUGGUGUUUUGGAGAAUAUCACAAAGGUACACGGAUCUGAGCAUGGAGCUGAGUAGCGGGGUGGGACACAGUCACCUGUCCGAGAAACUUCUGCAGUACAAGGCCUGUCUACGUUUUUAUGACACUGUGGAGCGCUCGGACACCUUGACGUCUAUGGAAACUGUCUUGUGAAUUCAUUGCACAUACAAACCCUGUAAUGCUGGCGUUACACAAGAGACUG